AUGGAUACAGAUGACAAUCAACAUAUUAUAAAGAUUCAAUCUUUAGAAGAAGAGAUUGAAUCACACAAGAAACAAAAGAGACAGAAACAGAUUCAAAUGGAUAAUAUGCUAGAACACUUGAAUCAAUCUCAAAAGGAAGUUAAAUCAAUCAAUCAAGAGAAAGAUCAAUUGAUUUCAGAGUUGAAACAAUUAGAUAAUAAAUAUAAAACAUGUCAAAGAGAAUUAAAUACAUCACAAGAUAAUAUAAGAAAGUUGAAAUUGAAUGCAGACAAUCUCAAAGCAUCAUUGGAACAAUCUAAAAAGGAACUAUUAAAUAAUAGUAAUAAUAAUGUACAUAAUAACUCAACCAAAGAGAUGGAAUUGGAAAUAGAUCGACUCAAUCUUAAAAUCUCUACCUAUGAAUCUGAAAGAUCAAAAUUAUUAUUAGAAAAGGAUAAUUUAUUAUUGAAAAUACAAUCUUUAGAGUUGCAAUCCAAUUCAUCAACCAAAGAUAUAGAUACAUUACAAUUACAAUUUAAUCAAUUGUUACAAGAGAAAUCAAAAUAUGAAGAUGAGGUAACUCUUUUAAAAUCAACUACAAAGAAUGAUAAAAUUGCAAUGGAAAACAAACAAACUUUAAUAGUCAAUUUACGUGAAAAAGUUGAAAGAUUGGAAAAAGAAUUAUAUCAAAAAUUAGAUGAAAUUACCAAUAUUGAAAGUGAACAUAGUUCAAUGAUGAAUAUUCAUUCUGAAGAGGUUAGUACCUCGAAUUCAAUCAUUUCACACUUGGAACAACAAAUUAGCCAAUUCAAUGAAGACUUGGAAAAGAAGUCAUCGACCAUUGAACAACUCGAACAAUUGGCAUUGGAACUUCAAGAUGUCAUCGAUCAAUACGAAUCAAAAUUAAAACAAGAACAAGAAUCUUCACUUUUAGAAAUGAAUAAUCUUAAAUCUUCAAUUCGUCAACUGGAAAAUUUAAAUAAUACUUUGAAAUUGAAUUUUGAAAAAGAAAUGUUGAAUCAUCAAAAUGUUGGACAAGAGUUGAACCAAGAAUUAAAUGAAAAGAUUGAUGGUUUGGAACAAAAGAUGGCGGAAUACAAGAAUCAAUUAGAGAAAAAGAUCGAGGUGUGUCAAUCGUUGCAAGAACAAUUGGAUGCGGGUAAAAAGGAGAUCCAAGCGUUGCAAGAAGAGAUGUCGGUCACUUCAAACAAAUACAAUGACCAAUUGGACAGCCAAGAGAUGGAAAUGAGAGAGUUGAGGGAAUCAAUUGGACAAUGGAAAUUAAAGUUUGAAAAUGUAGAGGUGGUUGCCAAAGAGAGAAAGGAAAGAAUCGAGACUGUAGAGAAAGAGUUGGAAACUGUACAAGAUGAAUUGGUGACUGUCGUCGAGAGACAUAGAGACGGUGUGGAGCAGUUGGCCAAGUCGGUUGAAAAGAUUGAUUUGUUGAACAAACAAUUGGAGGCUGUCAAGGUGCAGAGAGGACAGGUUGGCAGUGACCUGGAAGAGAUGAAGAAGCGCGUAGAUGACACUCUGGAACAACUGGAUGUAUCGCAAAAGGAAUGUCAAGAGUUGAGAGACGCAAAGACCGAGGUGGAGCUGGUGGCCGAGGAAAAGUACCAAGAAACAACUGCCAAGAUGCGCAAAGAGUUGCAAGAGAUCUCUGUACGUGCCAACGAGAUGGAUCGUGACAAUCAACAACUCCUAAAUACAGUUGAAGAGUUGCGAGAGGAGUUGGAGCAAGUCACCAAGAUGGGAGAGGACAGCCAGGCCGAGUUGGAGGAACGUACCUCUGCACUCAUCAAGUCACUCGAGUCUGACCUAGACACUGCAACCGUCUCGUUGAAAGAGAGUGUCGAGCAGGUUGCUCAACUGUCCAAACGACUCGAAGAGAGUGUCGGCGAGGUUGAGUCAUGUCUCGAGGAAAUCACACGGCUCCAAGAGACCGUCCAACAGGGUCAAGACAAAGUAGAAGAGUUUGAAAGAUACAUCAACGAGAUUGAAAUGGUUGCCAAGGAAGCGAUCGAUGCUCGCGAGCUUGACGCACACCGUAUCACCGAGCUCGACUCUGAGCUGGAUAUCCGAAACAAGAUGAUUGCCGAGUUUGAAAGUGUGUGUGACGAGCAGCAAGAGCGUAUCACUUCACUUGAAACAUUGGUGCAAGAGGAACGGUUGGCAGGCCAGGACACAGACGCCAAGUACCAAGCCAAUGUCCAGCUAUUUGCCGAGCUGCAAGAGGAACUCGGUCAGUUGCAGCAAGAGUUGGAAACCAAUGCAGAGGAGAGGGAUGAGCAGACUGUCAAGAUUAGUCAGCUCCAGACAACGAUCACAUCGCUUGAAUCAGACUUGUCCGCGGCUGUUUCCAACCACACCCAAUCUGCCAAACGGGUCGUCGAGUUGACCGAGGAGAUAGCAGGGUUACAAGAAGAGUUGAAUGUUGAAAAGACAACAACUCAACUUGAAUUGGUUGAGAGUAGACAAAAGAUGACCGUAGAGUUGGAAGAGACAGUUAGAAAGGUUGAAAGAAAGAAUGAAGAUUUGGAGAAACUAAAGAUGGACUUGGAAACUGUGACCAUUCAACACGACCAACUUGCUCAACAUGUUGAGGUACUCACUGAUCAACUGGCAGUUGGAAGGGAAGAGUUGGCAGUUGCAUUAAAGAGAAUAGAGAGUGGACAGAAAGAGACGGAUCAAUUAAAGGGUGAAUUGGAGCACACUUUGAAACAACUAGAGUUGGCAACCGAGGAAAAGGAUGAGUUGGUUGCACGUCAACAAGACUCGCAGGACGAGUUGACUGUCAAGAUGGGUCGAUUGGAUCAAGAGCUUGGCAUGGCACGCACCGAGCUCGCAUCGUAUGCCGGCGCUGUCGAACGUCUCACAGCGGCCAACCAACAGACCACUUUGGAAAAAGAGUCGUUGGAACGUGAGAUGACCGAGUUGAUCGACUCGUAUGCACACGACACUGAAUCACACAGCACUCAAAUAGAACAAUUUAAAAAUGAUAUACAUGAACGCGAACAAUUGAUACACGAGUUUGAACAAGAGAUGUCAAGGUUACAAGAGACUGUUGGAGACCGUGAAAAGGAACUUGAAGAGAUGCGUGCCAUGGUGGAAGAGUAUGACAGUCAAGUCGAACAUUUGCAAGCACAAAACAGACACCUCGAGUCGAGUGUUCAUGACCAUCAACACUUGUUGUCCGAGUUGGAAAGAGAGUUGGAAAAGACAGUCGCAGACACCCAAAAUGCAUCAGAGCAAGAGUCUGCUGAAAUGGACGAGUUACGUGCUCAACUUGCACAUGCCGAUGACGCUGUACAGACCAACCUAGACACAAUCAACAAGUUGACCGAAAAGAUGAAUCGUCGUGACUCUGAACUCGCCGAAUUGCAAGGUCAACUCGACAAACACCAUUCUAUCGACUUGGAAAAGACUGAAGAGAUGACUGAAACCACCUUGCGAUUAGAGCAGGCUGCUAUGACCAUUCAAGACAAUCAACAGACUAUUAAAACACUAGAGUCACUCGUCCAACAACAUACUCGACAAACCGAGUCAUUGCAACUACAAUUCAACCAACUUUUAAAAGAAUCAAUUGAAAAGGAUGGUAUGAUGGAACAAUCAACAAGCCAGUUAGAGGAGGUUAAAUUAAACUUGGAGAAAUCAAGAUUAGAAAAGGAGACGGUUGAAAGAGAGUUAAAGGGUAAAUUGGAAACACUUGAACAAUUUGAAAUGAAAUUGACUCGUGAAAAAGAAACUCUUGUUAAAACUCAAUUGGAAAUGGAGAAAGUACAAUCAGAGUCAUUGGAAAAGGAUGGAAUGUUGAAUGAAACCAAUGUUAAACUUGCACAAGCUAAUGUCAGUCUUGGAGAACAGGCUGAUCGAAUUGCUAAACUCACCCGUACAAUAGAGUCUGUUGAAAUGGAUGAAUCUCAACUUCAAUCAAGACUGGAAGAGUUGAUGGCCGAGUUGCAAGAUGAAAAGUUGGUACAUCAAAAACACAUCUCUCAAAUUGAAAGUGACGCAGUUAGUCGUGACCAAGUGUACAAGGAAAAGAUUGUACAAGUAGAGUACGAGCUUGGAUCAUUGAUGAAAGAGAUGGAAUGUCAAAAUGAAUUGAUCAAGGAAAAGGAAAAGAAUGCUACAGAGGUUUUGAUAACACUAGAGUGUAAAUUAGAAUUGAUCAAACAAUUGGAAGAAGAAAAGAAGCAGAGUGACAGUAUCAACUAUGAAAUGACCGAACAGUUGAAACAACAUGAUGAAACAAUCCAACAUUUACAAGGAGAGUUGGAAAGUGUUAAAUGUAAAGUUGAACAAAGUCAUUGCCAAUUGGAACAAAAGACAACAGAUACAAAUGGCCAAAUUAAAAAGUAUCAAUCUAUCAUUGAAGAGAUGCAAUUGACUAUUGAUCAGCUUAACAGUCGUGUUCAAUCGGUUGAAUGUGAUCGACAAGAUAUGUCUACUCAAUUGAUUGAAUCAAAUCAAGAGGUCAACGAUCAAAAGUUACUUGUCAAGGAAUCAAAAGAUGAAAAUACAAAACUUGUUGUGAAAAUACAAGAGUGCAUGGAAAUGAACAAUCUCGCCAAUGCCAAGACAAAUCAAUUGACUUUGGAAUUGGACCAACUUAGAGAAAAGAAUAACGGGUUGGAAGAGAGCAGUCAGAGUAUGGAAAAGAUAGUUGAAUCGUUGAAAGCAGAUUACGACGAUUUGAAAAAGAAAUUGGAUGAUUCACAAAGCACAGUUCAUAAACUCGAGUUUGAAAUGUUGACCAUGACAUCGGAUAUCCAAGGUUAUGUAACACAAACCAAACAACUUGAAUGUGAUUUGGAGACAUUACAAUCAACUCAAAGUCAAAGUACAAGUCAAAGAGUUAAAUUGGAUGAAGAAAUGGAUACACUUAAAAAGACGGUUGAUAUAUUGACAAGCGAAAAGAAAAGAGUGACGCUGACUUGGUCGAACAAAUUAUUAGAGUACCGUGCAAGAGAGAUGGAAUUAGAGGAGAUGGUUGAAAGUGAAAAACGUGCUCGUGACUCUGUAGACAGUGUAUCAAAAGAAGAGUCUGUUAAAGCAGCUGAAGACCGUCACUCUAUCAGUCGGUUGUCAAGUAGUGUACUCGAACACAAGGAAUCGAUUAAUCGUCUCAGUAACGAGAAUGAUAGAUUAAACAAAAUGUUUGAAUUGUCUAAAAAGCAACGUGCAGAGGUUGAAGAUAACCUGUCCAAGGAACGUGAAGCACAUUAUCAGACACAAACAAGACUGUCAGAGAUACAAGAAACAUCGGCGUUGUCAAGUGAACUCGAUCAAGCUAAAUUGGCCAACGAAGAACUCGAAGAUAAACUCUCUGAAAAGGAUGAAGAGAUUGACAAGUAUCUCAACAAGAUCGAACAGUUGUUGGCAAUUAACAAACAAAUUGAAAAGAAGUUAAAUGCUAUUGAAAAGGAAAGAGAAAAAGAAAAAGAGUCUCUUUCAUCAUCAACAUCUUCAUUGUCUUCAUCGUCUAAUACUACACCUCAACCAUCACAGCAACAACCAACCAGUCAAUUAGAAGAUAUUACCAAUUCACCUAAAGCAACCAACAACACCAACAAUGUAUCGCUAGUCAACAAACUCACCAAACCAACUCCAUUCCAAUUCAAGAGAAAGGCUACUGAACCAUCUUCAUCUUUGAAUAUAGCCUCAUCGGUCUCUCAGUUGAUUAAAAAGAAUAAGAUUUAA